AUGACCCGUAACGAAACCAACCGGAGCCGGAGCUCCAAUUCCAAUUCCGAGAAGUCCGGCGGAGGAGGAACCACCGCGAUGAGAGUUAUCGUUCCGUUACAAGGCGUGGUCCAAGGUCGUGGCGGUUUGUUCCUAGGCUCCGUGAUUCCUUGUGCUUUCUUCUACUUCCUCCAGUUCUACCUAAAACGAAAUCGGAAAAACGAAUCCGAUUCCGGUGAAGAAAACCCGGCGGCUUCGUCUCCGAAUUCGGAUUCUAAUCCGGAUUCUCUAGAUCCGACCCGGUCACAAUCCGCCGGACAUCUCACGGAGCUUACCGGUUUGCCUCGGUCUCUCUCUCGGAUUCUCCUCUCGCCGAGAAAUUCAGGCGGAGCUGUUUCGGUUUCGGGUCGGGUUAAUUCUGUAACCAAAGGAGGAGACUCUCCUUACUACGUGGGUCAAAAACGGAUCGAAGAAGAUCCGUAUGAUGAAUCCAGUAACCCGGACGGAGUAAUCGAACUCGGUUUAGCUCAGAACAACAAGUUAAGCUUGAAUGAUUGGAAUUUAGAGAAUCCAGAAGAAACAAUCUCAGAUGGAUUAAAUAUCAGUGGCAUUGCUUCUUACGAGCCUUCGCAUGGACUUAUGGAACUGAAAGUGGCUGUGGCAGGAUUCAUGUCAGAAGCAACCAAAAACUCUGUUUCUUUCGAUCCAUCACAGUUAGUGUUAACUUCCGGUGCAUCAUCCGCCAUGGAGAUUCUCUCCUUCUGCUUAGCUGAUGCCGGAAACGCCUUUCUUGUUCCAACACCAUGCUCUCCAGGAUAUGAUAGAGAUGUGAAAUGGAGAACGGGAGUGGAGAUCAUACACGUUCCUUGCAGAAGCGCGGACGGUUUCAAGAUAUCGAUGCUGGUUCUUGAUCGAGCGUUCUACCAAGCCAAGAAACGAGGUGUGAGAAUCCGCGGGAUUGUGAUCUCAAACCCUUCAAACCCCAUGGGAAGUCUCUUGAGCAGAGAGAGUCUCUACGCUAUCUUAGACUUUGCACGUGAGAGGAACAUUCAUGUAAUCUCAAACGAAAUCUUCGCUUGUUCGGUCCACGGUGAAGAAGAAGGAGAAGGAGGAGGAGAGUUUGUUAGCAUGGUUGAGAUAGUUGACACGGAAGAGAAUAUGGACAGAGAAAGAGUUCAUAUCAUCUACGACCUCUCAAAGGACUUGUCUUUCCCCGGACUUGGAACCGCUGCGAUCUACUCGUUCAACGAGACUGUUGUAUCCGGUGCAAGGAAGCUCACAACGCUCUCACCAGUCUCAUCUCCAAGCCAGCAUUUGCUCAUAUCUGCGAUCUCUAAUCCGAAGUUUGUUCAGGGAUUAGUGAGAACAAGCAGGCAGAGAUUGCAGAGGAUUUAUCAAGAACUUGUCAAGGGGUUGAGAGAGUUAGGGAUUGAUUGCACGAGGAGCAAUGGAGGAUUCUUCUGUUGGGUGGAUAUGAGAGGAUUGAUGUCGUCUUACAGCGAGAAAGGUGAAGUUGAGCUGUGGAACAAGCUAUUGAGCAUUGGCAAGAUCAAUGUAAUACCGGGAUCUUGUUGUCAUUGCAUUGAACCGGGUUGGUUCCGGUUCUGUUUCAGUAAUUUGUCAGAGAGUGAUGUUCCUGUAGUUGUGAACCGUAUUAGAAAAGUUUGUGAAACUUGUAAAUCUCAAAAUUGA